GCUUCUCAAGAAUAUCUGAGCUAGUCAGUUAUGGUUUCUCAGACUUAGUACCUCCCAGUCUGCCCAGUGCUAUUCUUCCUGUGGGUUCAUCGGGGUGGGCACUGUGUCCUUAAAUCAGCCGAAUCAGUUUAUCCCUCUGGACUUAAAUUCCCCAGCCAGUGUCUAUAAUUGUAAGAUAGCCCCUCACUGGAUGCUUUCUGCGAACCUUCCCUGGAAAACCCAAGAUAAGGCAUGCUGAGGAGCCCAGAGCCCUAGGAAACCGAGACCAGGAGGGAGAAUUGGAGAAAAAAUUGAGGGGAGGGACGAGAAGUUGCUGAGAGGCAGCUCUGCAGCUUAGAGUGCUUACGGCUCUUGUUGAAGGCUGGAGUUCAGUUCCCGAGUCGGGUGGCUCGCAAUCGCCUGUAACUCCAGCUCCAGAGGAUCCAAGAUCAUCUUCGGAUCUGCACUAGCAUUCAAAGACGAACGGGGGUUCAGGAGGUCAAGGCCAGUCAGGACUAUGGAGGGCGUUCUAGGUCAGUCUUAGCCACACAUUGACCACAUAUUGAGACUCUGCAAAGGAAAAGAGAGCCUCAAGAACAGCUCCCAGUUUGCAGGUGAGGAGUGUAGGACAUUUAUUUCGAGGCCAGAGAAAGCAACAGGAGCCAUCCUUGUGUUUUGUUCCUGGGAUGCUGUGGAGGAUCUUAGCCCUACCUCUGUUGUGUUUAGGGUCAUUUCCUCCAGUUUUGUUUGAUAUGAAGACAGCAGCAGUGGAAGACGAUCUAUGCAGUACAGUCCCUUGUGUGUUUGAAUUUUCUAAGGCAUCUCUAAGAAAUCCCACGACUAUGAGCUACAGGCUUAAUGAGACCAUCAGCUUCCGUAUAGAUACCAGUCAGCCCAGAGCCCCUGUAGGUGGUCUCUCCACAGAGGAAGUAGAAGACUGCAUCCUGCUGACCCGUGAUGUGAUCAGAAGGGAAAACAUGACCUACUUGCUCUAUGAGGAUCUGAGAGAGGACAUGGGACUCUUCAUGUCAGACCUGACCCAAAAGCCAGAGAUUCACAUCCCAGAAAGUGGUGUGGGUAGAGAGCCUGCAACUUUGAUCUGUACCAUCGAAGACACCUGCCAGGGGCUGUGGAAGGGGCCUGCCAUGUCUUCCAACACGAUUGUCUCCAUCCGCUCCUCUUCAGAACUGUCCAGUGCCCCAAAGCCUGAGGACCGGGGCACCACCCUCAGAUGCCACUUAAGUCUGUCCUUAGUCAACCUGACCAGCAGUAAAGAAGUCAAGCUAAAACUGGUCUCGCCUGCUAGGCUGCUCAACUUCUCGUGUUUCCUGAAGAGGAGACUAACAUGCAGCUGUUCCUUCCAUGGGAUCCCGACACCCUCUGUGCAGUGGUGGCUUGGAGGAACCCCUGUGAGUAUGAAUAGCAUCGAUACUAUCCUGCACAUGACCUCCACCACACUGGAACCCUGGGCCAACACCACCAUCCACCUCAUGUGGGAACCAGAAGUCAUUAGGAGACUGCGCUGUGAGGGGAAGAACCAAUAUGGAGUCCAUGCUUCCAGGAUCUUCCUGAUACCAGAUAAAAGCUCCCUUUCCAGUGUCUUCAUGAGAGGGCUAAUCCAGGGCGUCGUGUAUGGGGCCAUAGCGUCUUCUUUACUCUUCUUCUUCCUUGUUGUCCUGAUAAUGAAGAUGCUUAACUGGUGGGGGGAAAACCAAACCUGCAAGAACAAAGAGGCGCCGAUCCUGAAACCAGUUUCAGAAGGAGCCAAAACGACUGAAGUCUGAAGCCUGGGCUGGGGAUCUUCUCUGGUGUCAUCAUUCCCUCCUCCUCCUCUUCCUCGUCUGACAUUUGGUCUGUUUGUUUGUUUUUUGUGAUUCCAGGUUUGGAAUGUAGGGCCUUGCUCAUUCUGAUACCAGGCAAGCGCUCCACUGCAGAGCCACACUCCAGCCCCUCACUGGGCUGAUUCUAGAAAAGCACUCUACCCCAUUCCUAUAUUCCCUGUCUUCUUUUACUUUUUUUUGAAGACAUGGUCUCACUUCAGUGUGACCUUGAACUUUGAGAUCCUCCUGCUUCAGUCGCCCAGUGCUGGUAGGAUGACAGUUGUUCCCUGCCAUUUCCACCCUAGUGUCUUUUCAUAGUACAUGUUUGGGUCUAAUCCACCCACGUGAACUCAUCUUACUUGAUUACCUCUGUAAAGUCGCGUCUAGAAGUGUGAUUUAUUCUAAGGUGGUAAAGGCCUGGAUUUUAACAUAGAAAUUAGGACGAAGGGACUGAGGCUGAGCUCAGUGAUGGCGUUGCUAGUCUUGCAUUCUUGAAGCCCUGGGGCUGAUCCCUAGUGCCACACAACUGGGGGGUGGCUCACACCUCAUUCAUUUCAGCACUGAACGACAGAGGAGGAAGGAUCAGGAGUUCCAGCUACAGAGUGAGUUGGAGGCCAGCUUGGGCUGUAUGAGAUCCUGUCUCAAUCAAGCAAGCAAUCA